CUGCCCACCCGCUGACUGACAGUACUCGGAGGGCCACCCUGCCGAAGAGACUCAAGGUAGACGAUAGAACACACAAAGCGGCCAUGGAAAAGUCAAAGAACAUGUUUUCCGAGGCAUGCCUGACCAGUGAUGUGGCGCUUGUAGUCGAGGGUAAACAGCUGCACGUGAACAAAACAGUACUUUCGAUUGCAUCACCAGUCUUUGAAAAAAUGUUCUUUGGGGAAUUCAAAGAGAAAACCUUAUUAGAAGUUCCCCUACCCGGGAAGACAUACGACGACAUGGUAGAGCUGCUUCUGUGCAUUUACCCAUCGACCACCAAUCCGAUCACAGCAGACAACAUUGACGCACUACUUCCAUUAGCGGAGGAAUACCUUAUGACGUCACUAAAACAACGCUGUCGCACGUUUGUCACAACCUCCCUGAAACUAAACGUGAAAACUUUAUCUAAGUCUCAGCUGGUACAUUUCAUGCAUCUAGCAGACAAAUAUGACUUUGAUGAUGUUCUUGAGGAUUGUCUGAGCCAGGCUGUGUACAUUGAAUACAGUGAUGUCAAUGGGCUACAACACCAGGAGGGGUUCCAAGAUCUCUGCGACAAGACAGCUGUCCAGUUCUUUAAGCGACGAUUGGUGUUGGUGGAGGGACUUGUCAGACCGGUUUUGGAGAGCUCCACCACUGCUUCCGGGAACCUCCAAGAGGACUUCCAGACUAUCAUCAGCGGCAAGUGUAACGAGUUCUCCCACCGCCAUGCAAGGCACGAAUGUCGAGAAUGUAAGGCUGUGUGUUGCGGGCGAUGUCGGAAGCUCGGCACUGAAGCGAUGGAAGAUUUAGCUCACGUUAUCAAGAAUAUGCUGCCUGCUUUCAAAGAGUCUGAAUAGUAAUCGUUUUACAAGUGAGACGUACAUUUUGAUCUUAGGAUACGGAUAUUCACCAAAAAAUUUAGAAUAUCAGUAAUGAAUUGGAGAAUAAAUCAUGUUUCGCCUCAGUCAAUAGCACAAAAGCAAAAUCAAGGCGACCUGUAAAUAAACGAGACCUGGCCAACCAUUGGCUUAACACCGAUCCAUAGUUCCCAUGUACAUACUCAAACAGUUGACACAGGAUCCUCAUUAAAUCGGCUUUUACAACAAUCCUGUUUAUUUGUGACGUACACAACGAGGACUUUGUUAAAGACAAAUUGUGGGACGUGUGAAUGUUGUUAAUACUCGUGUAUUGUCAUCGUGCAUAAUCAUCAGUUUGACGGCAGUAUGUUUUAUAUAGUCGUUUACGAUGUUUUGAGAACUUUAUGUUUGAUACACGCGUGAAUCAUAUUAUACAUGUAUUUAACUGAAAAAAGAAAUAGGUGCUCUUGUUUUUGUAACAUGCCAGGUCAAAUGUUAAAAUGCUAGCUGUCUUCAAAGCUUCAGUACCAUUACCUUCUAGAACGUUCAGUCUUAUAUUGUAAUGUGUACAUGAAAUAACAGGACGGCAGUAGUAUAUAGGCAGUACUUUGGAUUUGUGUACACGACUGGUGCCACUACGUCGGUGGCAUCACAUUGAAUUAUACUACACUGCCGGGCAAAAGAAAGUAUACUUAUGGUUGAUGGUGGCUUAAUUAAAAAAACAAGAAAUCCAUUUUGCGAGUGUCUUUUGCCCGGCAGUUUACACUAAGCAAUAACAACAGUUUAGUUUCACGUUGUAUCAGAGACCAUGUGAGCUAUACUUCAGCCCAGGGAUGUCAUGCAACUAAGUCCUCAGGUCCACAUACAUAUGCCAGAGU